AACAGUUGUCUAGAAAGAUCUUGCAACCGAAAAGUUGAAAACAGCACACAAAUUCACAUUAACAAACACAGUUAACAACACGACAUAAAAAUCAUCAUCAAUAAUUAUAAUCAAACAUACAUACACACACAUACAGCCCAAAGACUGAAAAAGAGCGUAGAUCCAUCGAUCGAUCCAGGCAGGCAGGUUUUCAAUUUGCAAAAUCAAAUCGAUCAUGCCUUCCCGUCGACGAACGCUUUUGAAAGUCAUCAUCCUCGGCGAUAGCGGUGUUGGCAAGACCUCGCUGAUGAAUCAAUAUGUGAACAAGAAGUUUAGUACUCAGUAUAAGGCUACUAUUGGAGCUGAUUUCUUGACCAAGGAGAUUCAGUUUGAGGAUAGGCUCUUCACUCUUCAGAUCUGGGAUACUGCUGGACAGGAACGCUUUCAGAGUCUUGGUGUUGCUUUCUAUCGUGGUGCUGAUUGUUGUGUUCUUGUAUAUGACGUAAAUGUGAUGAAGUCAUUUGACAACCUAAACAAUUGGAGGGAAGAGUUUCUUAUUCAGGCAAGUCCUUCGGAUCCAGAAAAUUUCCCUUUUGUUGUUCUGGGAAACAAGACAGAUGUAGAUGGUGGAAACAGCAGAGUGGUUUCUGAGAAAAAAGCAAGGGCGUGGUGUGCCUUAAAGGGUAAUAUUCCAUACUUCGAGACCUCUGCUAAGGAGGGCAUCAAUGUGGAAGAAGCAUUCCAAUGCAUAGCAAAGAAUGCACUGAAGAGUGGAGAAGAAGAGGAAAUAUACUUGCCGGACACCAUCGAUGUUGGAAGCAGCAGUCAGCAGAGAUCUACUGGAUGCGAGUGCUGAAACAUUAAAAAAUUCAAACAAGUUUCUUUUUGAUUCUUAAUGCAUUUGUGUAUUCUGUAUCAAUGUAGCCACAAGGAGUAUCUGGUGGGUUUAUAGAGUUUCAUCUGUACUUUGUCUGUUUGUGAAAUCCUUUGAUGAUCAUCUAGUGGUGGUUAAAUUGUAGACUCAAUUGUAUAAUUUGUACAAUGCACUAUAUGUGGAGAUGUUAUCUUUGACUGCAAAAGGAAAUGCUGAGAUCGUAUCUUUGAUUGCAAAA